GAAUUACGUCACUGGACUCAAACAUAUCAGAGAGGUUACCAUGUGUUCAUCGCAUUGAUUUUCGUGGAAGAAGUUAUUAAAUGAAUACUAGAUGCAUGAGAAUGCUUCACCAGAAGUGUAGGCAGGGUUUAUAUCCGUUCAGUAAUAUAAAUAGAUUUGCGGUACCGGACGAAAAAGUUCCGUGGACGGUCGAAUAUCCCGAGUAUAAACCGGUCGCGUACACCGCUGCCGCUCUUCAGGGUAAACCUUGGGCCGAUCCGGAGAUCAACGAACCCACCUUCAAACCAAAGUGGAAUGCGGUGGAUGGCAAGGUGAAUCGAAGGAGUUUUACGGGCGACUACGUUGUGAGAGCGGGUGGUUACCCUUUAAAUCCAGUAGGACGAACCGGUAUCGUCGGACGAGGACUUCUGGGCCGAUGGGGACCGAAUCACGCCGCCGAUCCGAUCGUUACACGAUGGAAACGCGAUAAUACGGGAGCUGUGGAGGUGGACAGGCACACGGGUAAACGUGUAUUACAAUUCGUCGCGAUACAGAGGCGAGAUUCCGGAGAAUGGGCUAUACCGGGAGGUAUGAUUGACCCGGGCGAGACGGUCUCUACUACUUUAAUGAGGGAGUUCAUGGAAGAAGCGCUCAACUUCUUGGAAAAAAAUGACACCGAGAGAGAGGGCCUUGAAAAUUCCAUCACGGAAUUUUUCACGAAAGGCGAUGAGAUUUACAAAGGGUAUGUGGAUGAUCCGCGAAAUACGGACAACGCUUGGAUGGAGACGGUGGCUAUAAAUUUUCACGACGAGGACAGCAGCGUCGUCGGGAAACUUGCAUUGCAAGCCGGCGACGAUGCGUGUAAUGUAAGGUGGAUGGACGUGAAUCAUGAAAUAAAUUUAUACGCUAAUCAUAGUGAGUUUGUAAAGAAAACUGUAUCGCAACGUAAUGCACACUGGUGAAGUGCAAUUGGAAUUGGAAUGAGAGAAGGAUAUCGUUGUUAAAGAAUUUAUGAAAUUAUAAAAAGAUUUUAUUUUUGUACUAAUGUACCAUGUAGACUAUUCGCACACACGCAUUUUGUACACUGCGCAGUAUACAAACAAAUGGCUAAUCGUUACUGUCGUUUGUGUCAGAAUCUUAAAUCUAAAACAUCUUAAUCGAUAAAAUGAGAUUGUUAUGUAAGAGUCAAUAAAAUAUAUUUGUAAUAAAAA